AGCAAAGUCAAGUCCAAUAUUUGUAGCCCAUCCGCGCGCGCUUUGAUUGAGAUUGCGUUUCGAUGAUUGUGUUACGUUUACAUUUUUGCCUUUUUAGAUAAGGCGACAAUGAUGCUGCGUCUAAUUUUUUUUUUGUCACUUUUUUUUUGUGUGUUUUAAGGUUUUGCAUUCAUGGUAUAAGUUGCCCUUAUUCUGUAAUUUCUUUUCUUCCUUGUAUUCCUUCUUUUUUUUUUUCUACAUCCCCUAAUUCGUCAUGGAUAUUCCGGUCAAGGAUACAGAUGCUUUGCGCAUUCCCAACCUGCAUCCCGAUCAACGAUCGUCUCUCCACAGUCGUGAGCAUGAUUACGGCACCAUUGGUGACAGUGGUAUUCGAGCAGGAGGAGAAGAAAUUUGCAGUUCUUUCUCUGAACGACUGGAAUCCUUUGUUGGUUCCUAUUCCCGAACUUCUUUAAUGUAUAUGGCGGAAAAUGUCGCAAUAAAUCCAACGGACAGUCUGUCAGUGGAUGAAGAAACAGGCGAUGCGUUAUCCAUUCGCACAGCUGCAAGUCGCUGCGAGAUUUCGAAAUACAUGAUUGAAUCGGAAUCAAAGGAAUAUCAUCGAAACACCUCGGAAGAUGGCACUCUGCAUGAGCGUUCCUCCUUACUGUUUCAUUCUCUUGAUAAGGUGGUAACGGCAUCUACGAUUGCCACCAUGGCCGAUCGAGCGUCGGCUGUAGGAAAAUCCUCGUUUUUCCAAUCGAUUUUCAAUUCCAUCAACAUCUUGGUGGGCGUCGGCAUCUUAUCACUGCCAUUAGGUUUCAAGUGUGCAGGAUGGCUUAUUGGCAGCUUCAUCUUCCUGUUUUCCUUUGGUUUGACCAAUUAUACCGCCAAACUCAUUGCUCGAUGCAUGGACACAGACCCGCAGGCUAGAACCUAUGGUGACAUGAGCGCCAUCGCAUUCGGUUUCCGCGGCCGAGUUUGGGUGUCCAGUUUGUUUUUACUGGAAUUGAUCACUUGCAGUGUGGCUUUGGUGGUGCUUCUCAGCGAUGGUAUUCUGGCCUUCUUGCCUAAUCUGUCACCCUUGGCUAUCUCUAUCGCGUGUUUCAUUAUCUUGACACCUAUGGUAUUCCUUCCCAUUCGCCACUUAUCCUAUACAAGUCUCUUGGGUAUUUUCAGUGCUGUUACGGUAGUCGUGGUUGUUGUUGUCGAUGGCUUCUCCAAGAAUGAAGCGCCAGGUAGUUUGUGGGAACCAGCGGUGACGGAGUUAGUUCCUUCGAAUUUAGGGUCCGUUCCAAUGAGUUUUGGCCUUAUUAUGGCUGGCUUUGCGGGCCAUGCUGUGUUUCCUACCAUUUACACGGACAUGGAGAAACGUGAACAGUACAAGACCAUGGUGAACUAUACGUACCUUAUUACCGCCAUUAUUUACGUGGCUGUUGCUGUCUGCGGUUACCUGAUGUUUGGUUUGGAAACCAUGCAAGAGAUUACACAAAAUCUUAAUUCUGUGCCUGAAUAUAAUCAAGCAUUGAACCGACUUGCCAUUUGGAUUAUCGCGCUAAAUCCGGUUGCCAAAUACGGAUUAUCUAUGAAUCCGGUGAACAUGAGUUGGCAAACUGCCUUAUUCAAGCGACCGUGCGUGGAGCGUUGGUGUGCGGAAGCUUCGUGGCGAUCAUGGACAUUGAUCACUUUGGGUAAAGUGUUCACCAGUGGAGUGAUUGUGGUGUUCGCCUAUAUGGUUCCACAGUUUGACAAAGUCAUGUCACUCCUUGGCGCUUUCUUUUCGUUCAUCAUCUCGGGUAUUUUUCCUAUUGUUUGCCAUUUACGCUUAUUCGGGCCGACUUUACCACGUUGGGAACUCGCUUUGAGUUACUUGCUCAUUGCCAUUGCUUCUUCCAUGGCUAUCAGUGGCACAAUCUGGAGCUUCCUUUAAAAUAUUAUUCCCCCGCAUGAUUCCCAUUGCCAUUCCCUUUCUUUCGCCUUUCCUUCCUACUUUAUGUUUUAUCAUGUCAUUAUUUUCCCACUGUGAUUCUCGUCAUUCAAUAAUUAGUUUGGCAGCUUCCCCUUCCCUUUCCCAAUGCUUCAAAAAAGAAUAGAUAUCCCCACGCCAAAACCAAAAAAAACGCAGAUUGUAGCAAAAUAAAAGAAACCCAACUGAUUUCAUUUG